AUGCGACGACGCGCUGAGAUUGGAAUGCGCGAGGCGUCUUCUUCACUACGAAGUGCGAGAGUCGCAGCGAGCCAGAGUUCAAAGAAGCAGCGGAAUAAGUCGCCAGAGUUGGGGCUGGUCUACGUCAAGGGCGCAGUGGCAGGCCAAUUGCAGUCGCUGAAGGAGACCUUCGCCAACAAGCUGCCCGGCGAGAUCGAGAAGAUCAAGAAGCUCCGCAAGGAGCACGGCAACACUGUUGUCGGCGAGGUCACUCUCGACCAGGUCUACGGUGGUGCCCGUGGCAUCAAGUCGCUCGUCUGGGAGGGAUCCGUCCUCGACUCUGAGGAGGGUAUCCGUUUCCGCGGCAAGACCAUCCCCGAAUGCCAGGAGCUCCUUCCCAAGGCCCCUGGUGGCCAGGAGCCUCUCCCCGAAGGUCUCUUCUGGCUCCUCCUCACCGGCGAGGUCCCCUCCGAGCAGCAGGUCCGCGACCUCUCCGCCGAGUGGGCUGCCCGCUCCGAUGUCCCCAAGUUCGUCGAGGAGCUCAUCGACCGCUGCCCCAGCGACCUCCACCCCAUGGCCCAGUUCUCUCUCGCCGUCACUGCUCUCGAGCACGAGUCCAACUUCGCCAAGGCCUACGCCAAGGGCAUGCACAAGUCGCAGUACUGGGAGCACACCUUUGAGGAUGCCAUGGACCUCAUCGCGAAGCUCCCCACCCUCGCUGCCAAGAUCUACCGCAACAUCUACAAGGACGGCAAGGUUGCUCCCAUUCAGAAGGACAAGGACUACUCCUUCAACCUGGCCAACCAGCUCGGUUUCUCCGAGAACAAGGACUUCGUUGAGCUGAUGCGCCUGUACCUCACCAUUCACACCGACCACGAGGGUGGAAACGUCAGCGCCCACACCACCCACUUGGUUGGUUCCGCUCUCAGCUCUCCCUACCUGUCCCUGGCUGCUGGUCUGAACGGUCUUGCUGGUCCUCUCCACGGAUUGGCCAACCAGGAAGUCCUCGUCUGGCUCCAGAAGAUGAAGAAGGCUAUCGGCAACGACCUCAGCGAUCAGGCCAUCAAGGACUACCUGUGGUCCACCCUCAAGGCUGGCCAAGUCGUUCCCGGUUACGGACACGCCGUUCUCCGCAAGACCGACCCCCGCUACGUCUCCCAGCGCGAGUUCGCCCAGAAGCACCUUCCCGACGACCCAAUGUUCAAGCUCGUCAGCCAGGUCUACAAGAUCGCCCCUGGUGUUCUCACCGAGCACGGCAAGACCAAGAACCCCUACCCCAACGUCGACGCCCACUCCGGUGUCCUCCUGCAGUACUACGGCCUCACUGAGCAGAACUACUACACCGUUCUCUUCGGUGUAUCCCGUGCGCUCGGUGUCCUUCCCCAGCUUAUCAUUGACCGUGCCGUCGGUGCCCCCAUUGAGAGGCCCAAGUCUUUCAGCACUGAGGCUUACGCCAAGUUGGUUGGUGCUAAGUUGUAA